AUAACCCCCUCCCCUAUGAUUUUCCCGGGAUAAUUAUCUCCUCUGCUUUCUUACCUGGUUUUCCCGGGAAAAUUACCAGAACCCAUCAAGCCCUUCUCUCUCCUCCCAUCGUCUCUCUCCUUUCCCAUCCCAAUUCCUUCUCUCUCCCACAGACAGAGAGACAACAAACACACACCCACACACACACUGAUCUUCUAUGGAGGAUACCACUCCGACAACCCCAUCGACUCCGACUCUGCUCCGCACUCCUCAGGCACUACAUUCCCUAACCCCAUCUCGGCACAUCGACCGCCUGAUCAACUACAACCACCACCAAUCGCCGUCCAGGACCAUCUACUCCGAUAGGUUCAUCCCCAGUAGAACCGGUUCCAACUUCCCCCUCUUCGACAUCUCCAAUACUCCAUCCGAGGGCCGCGAUGACUCGUCAAGCGCCUACGGCACUCUCCUACGCGCUGCCCUCUUUGGACCUGACUCCGCCGGCGUGGUCCCUCCGGCGACGCCUGAGAAAAGGAGCGCGAUUCAGAUGAACCCGCCCAGCCCCAACAUCUUCCGGUUCAAGACCGAGACUCGCCGGUCAAUGCACUCGCUUUCCCCUUUUGGGUUCGAUGAUGUGGUCACCGGAGUUCACCAUAGCCCCGUCAAGGCUCCUCGGAAGGUUCCCCGGUCGCCUUAUAAGGUUUUGGAUGCACCUGCUUUGCAGGACGAUUUCUAUCUGAAUCUUGUCGAUUGGUCUUCGCACAAUGUGCUUGCUGUUGGGUUGGGAAAUUGUGUUUAUUUAUGGAAUGCUUGUAGUAGCAAGGUAACUAAGUUAUGUGACUUGGGGAUUGAUGAUAGUGUCUGUUCUGUUGGCUGGGCUCAACGUGGAACUCAUCUUGCAGUUGGAACUAGCAAUGGGAAAGUCCAAAUAUGGGAUGCAUCCCGGUGUAGGAGGGUAAGAACCAUGGAGGGCCACCGACUACGCAUUGGCGCCUUAGCCUGGAGUUCAUCUAUGCUGUCUUCUGGUAGCCGGGACAAGACUAUUCUUCAACGUGAUAUUCGUGCUCAGGACGAUUUUGUUAGCAAACUUUCCGGACACAAGUCAGAGGUUUGUGGACUGAAAUGGUCAUAUGAUAACCGUGAGCUGGCAUCAGGCGGGAAUGAUAACAGGCUUUUUGUUUGGAAUCAACAUUCAACUCAACCGGUUCUCAAAUACUGUGAGCAUACUGCCGCUGUGAAAGCUAUUGCAUGGUCUCCCCAUCAUCAUGGGCUUCUUGCAUCUGGAGGAGGAACAGCAGACCGAUGUAUUCGUUUCUGGAAUACUACCACCAACUCACACUUGAGCUGCAUGGACACUGGAAGUCAGGUUUGCAAUCUUGUGUGGUCUAAAAAUGUCAAUGAACUAGUCAGCACCCAUGGAUACUCCCAAAAUCAAAUAAUAGUUUGGAGAUAUCCCACCAUGUCAAAGCUGGCAACUCUUACUGGCCAUUCAUACAGAGUUCUUUAUCUUGCCAUCUCACCUGAUGGACAGACAAUUGUCACUGGAGCAGGAGAUGAAACACUAAGAUUUUGGAAUGUGUUUCCUUCCCCCAAGUCCCAGAACAGGGAAAGUGAAAUUGGAGCAUCAUCGCUUGGAAGAACCGUUAUCCGGUGACCUCGUACAUAACAUCAAUACUGACUUGGCAACCUUCACAGUUGCUCAGACUGCCAGAGGAUGGGAACCGGGCAAUGAUGUGCCAUUUGUUUUUGACAUGAUACCAUAGAUGUGCAGGAGAUUAUGCCGCGACCUCAGAAGACUAAGACGAGAGAUGAAGUGAUGGGUUCGGUAGGAUUUCGAUAUUUUACUCUCUUUUCCCACUUAAGUAGUUUACUAUGUAUAAUGUAUAGAGGGGGGUUGUGAUGAAUAUUCUCACCUUCUCGGAGCUCCCUCACUUUGUAUAUUUAAAGAGGAGGAUACACUGGACUGGGAGAUAAGUCGGGUCAGCAGGGUGCAAGUUUAUUUCACAUUCUUUGUAAAUGGAUCACAAUUUUUUUCACAUUUUAGUUGAAAAUUAGGUGAUUUAUUUUUACAA